AUGUCUGGGCAGUGGGAUUUCUGGAUCGAUCGCGGCGGCACCUUCACCGAUGUGAUCGGCCGUGAUCCGGGCGGCGCGCUGCAUGCCCACAAGCUUCUUUCGGAAAAUCCCGAAGCCUAUCUCGAUGCUGCCGUGCAGGGCAUUCGUGAUCUCUUGAACCUUGAGCCCGGCGCACCGCUGCCGCCCGGCCUGGUGCGCACGGUGCGGAUGGGCACGACGGUCGCCACCAACGCGCUGCUCGAGCGCAAGGGCGACCGGACGCUGUUGCUGAUCACCAAGGGUUUCGGCGACGCGCUGCGCAUCGCCUACCAGGCGCGGCCGGAUAUCUUCGCCAAAAAGAUCGUGCUGCCCGAGCAGCUCUACGAGAACGUCAUCGAAGUGCCCGAACGGGUGCUGGCCGACGGCACGGUCGAGCAUGCGCUCGAUCCCGAAUGGCUGCGGCCGGGGCUGACGGCGGCUCGCGAAGCGGGCAUCGAUGCCGUCGCCAUCGCGUUCAUGCAUGCCUGGGCGUUUCCGGCGCACGAGCAGGCGGCGGCCGAUCUCGCCCGCCAGACGGGCUUUGCGCAGAUCUCGGUCAGCCAUGAGGUCUCGCCGCUCGCCAAGCUGGUCGGACGCGGCGACACGACCGUCGUGGACGCCUAUCUGUCGCCGAUCCUGCGCCGCUACGUGGAUCAGGUGGCCGGGGAGCUGGGGAUCGACGCCGACAAGGCCGAAACCCGCCUGCAGUUCAUGAUGUCAUCGGGCGGGCUGACGGCGGCAGAAACCUUCCAGGGCAAGGAUGCGAUCCUGUCCGGACCCGCCGGCGGCGUGGUCGGCAUGGUCGAGACGGCGCGCGCCGAGGGCUUCGGCAAGGUGAUCGGAUUCGACAUGGGCGGCACGUCGACCGAUGUCGCGCAUUUCGCCGCCGAUUAUGAACGCGCGUUCGAAACCGAGGUGGCGGGCGUGCGCAUCCGCGCGCCGAUGAUGGACAUCCAUACGGUGGCUGCCGGCGGCGGCUCGAUCCUAAAAUAUGAGGAUGGGCGGUUUCAGGCCGGGCCGGACAGCGCCGGCGCCAAUCCCGGCCCCGCCUGCUACCGCCGCGGCGGCCCGCUGACGGUGACCGACGCCAAUGUGAUGACCGGCAAGCUCGACCCUGCCUUCUUUCCGGCGAUCUUCGGGCCGGGCCGGGACGAGCCGCUGGACGCCGACAUCGUGUGCGACAAGUUCGCCGCGCUGGCCGACCUGAUCGGCGACGGACGAGCGCCCGAGGAAGUGGCCGAAGGGUUCCUGACGAUCGCGGUCGAAAACAUGGCCAAUGCGAUCAAGAAGAUCUCCGUGCAGCGCGGCUAUGACGUGACCGAAUAUGCGCUUAACUGCUUCGGCGGCGCCGGCGGGCAGCAUGCAUGUCUUGUCGCCGAUGCGCUGGGCAUGGACGCGGUGCUGAUCCAUCCGCUGUCGGGUUUGCUGUCGGCCUAUGGCAUCGGCCUGUCGAAGACAUCCGCGUCCCGCCAGCAUGCACUUGUCAAACCGCUCGAAGAAGCGACGAAACCGGAAAUCGAGACUCUUUUGAAUCGGUUGGCCACCGAGGUUGAGGGAGAACUCGAAUCCCAGGGCGUCGCCCGUGCGGCGAUCGCGACCCGUGCGACGUUGCACAUCCGCUAUGACGGAACCGACACGAGCCUUGAAGUGCCCUAUGACGGCACUGAUAUCGCCGCGGCCCGCGCGGCGUUCGAGUCCGCGCACAAGGCGCAAUUCGGCUUCAUCAGCCCGGGGCGGGCGAUGGUGGUCGAGGCCGUGGGUCUUGAGGGUGAGGAUUCGACCGACAACACACCGCCGCUGGAUGCGCACGAUGCAACCGAGCACCGGCCCGGACCGGCGCAGCAGGGCCGCAUGUUCACCGGCGGCGCAUGGCGCGAGGCGGGUGUCUACCGGCGCGACAGGGACGGCGCCGGCCCGGGCGCGCGGAUCGCCGGGCCCGCGGUGAUCGUCGAAGCCAACCAGACGAUCAUCGUCGAACCGGGCUGGGAAGCGCAGGUGACGGAACGCGACACGGUGGUGAUGCGCCGCGUGGAGGCGCGGACGACGGCCGCCCCGGUCGGCACGGACGCCGAUCCGGUAAUGCUGGAAGUGUUCAACAACCUGUUCAUGUCGAUCGCCGAACAGAUGGGCGUGACGCUGCAGAACACGGCAUCGUCGGUCAACAUAAAGGAGCGGCUCGACUUCUCCUGCGCGGUGUUCGACGCCUCGGGCGCCCUGGUCGCCAAUGCGCCGCAUAUGCCUGUUCACCUCGGUUCGAUGGACCGCUCGGUGGAAUCGAUCAUCCGCCAGAACCCCGACAUGCGGCCCGGCGACGUUUAUGCGCUCAACGCGCCCUAUAAUGGCGGGACUCACCUGCCGGACAUCACCGUCGUGACGCCGGUGUUCGAUGAUGCCGGCAAAGACAUCCUGUUCUUCGUCGCCUCGCGCGGACACCAUGCCGAUGUCGGCGGAAUGGCGCCGGGGUCGGCGACGCCGCGCGCCACCCAUGUCGACGAAGAAGGCGUCCUGAUCGAUAAUUUCAAGCUGGUCGACCGGGGAACGCUGCGCGAGAACGCGUUCAUCGAUCUGAUGACCGACCAUGCCUGGCCGGCGCGCAAUCCGCAGCAGAACCUUGCCGACAUCGUCGCCCAGGUGGCGGCCAACGAAAAGGGUGUCGCCGAACUGCGCCGGAUGGUGGACCAUUUCACGCUGCCGGUCGUUCAGGCCUAUAUGAAGCACGUGCAGGACAAUGCCGAAGAGAGCGUGCGGCGGGUGAUCGACAGGCUCGCCGAUUGCGAGGCGACCUAUCCGACCGACACCGGCCAGCAGAUCGGGGUGCGGAUUUCUGUCGACCACGACAAGCGGGAAGCAACCGUCGACUUCACCGGCACGUCGGCGAUGGCGAAAAACAACUAUAACGCGCCCGAACCGGUGGCGCGGGCGGCGGUGCUGUAUGUGUUCCGGCUGAUGGUUGAGGCAGGCAUUCCCAUGAAUGCGGGCUGUUUGAAGCCGAUCCGGAUCGUGAUCCCCGACGGGUCGAUGCUGAAGCCGGUCUAUCCGGCCGCGGUCGUUGCCGGCAAUACGGAGACCAGCCAGCAUGUCACCAACUGUCUCUUGCAGGCGCUCGGCGCGCUCGCCAACGCGCAGGGCACGAUGAACAAUCUGACCUAUGGCAAUGCGCGUCACCAGAAUUACGAGACGAUCAGUUCGGGCGCGCCGGCCGGCGUGAUGAAUGACGGCCAUGCCUUCGCCGGCGCCUCGGGCGUUCACACGCACAUGACCAACACGCGGAUGACGGACCCGGAGAUUCUCGAAAUGCGCUAUCCGAUCGUCGUCGAGGAGUUCUCGAUCCGGCCCGGCUCGGGCGGCAAAGGCGCCUGGCGCGGCGGCGACGGCACACGGCGCGUGUUGCGCUUUCUCGAGGAAAUGGAAUGCGCCAUUGUCUCGUCACACCGGACGGUGCCGCCCAAGGGGCUGGACGGCGGCGGCGACGGGCAGCUGGGCAAGACCGAGAUCAGACGCUUGGACGGCACGCUCGAAGAACUCAAGCAUGCCGACCAGACAUCGGUUUCGGCGGGCGAAGCGGUGAUCGUGACGACACCGACGCCAGGCGGUUACGGGGCGGCAUGA